UUCAAGUUUCAGCUCCUCCUCGAAUUCCAGUCUGCUGAGACUUCUCUCUAAACCAUCCAAAAUGGAGCCUCUUACAACUUACCCGUUAAGAUGCUCAGGGCCCAAAGCAAAGGUAUUUGCAGUUUUGCUGUCUAUGGUUUUAUGCACAGUAAUGUUACUUCUUCUACAACUAAAAUUCCUAAAACCUAAAAUCAACAGCUUUUAUACAUUUGAAGUGAAAGAUGCAAAAGGACAACCAGUUUCUCUGGAAAAAUUUAAAGGCAGAGUUUCACUAGUCGUAAACGUGGCUAGUGACUGCCAGCUCACAGACAGAAAUUACUUAGCACUGCAGGGGCUGCACAAAGAGUUCGGGCCAUCCCACUUCAGCGUGCUGGCUUUCCCCUGCAAUCAGUUUGGAGACUCGGAGCCCCGCCCAAGCAAAGAAGUGGAAUCUUUCGCAAGAAAUAACUACGGAGUAACGUUCCCCAUCUUCCACAAGAUUAAGAUUCUAGGACCUGAAGCCGAACCUGCAUUUAGAUUUCUUGUUGAUUCUACAAAGAAGGAACCAAGGUGGAAUUUCUGGAAGUAUCUGGUCAACCCUGAGGGUCAAGUUGUAAAGUCCUGGAAGCCAGAGGAGCCCAUUGAAGUCAUCAGGCCCGAGAUUGCAGCUCUUGUUAGACAAAUGAUCAUAAAAAAGAAAGAAGAUCUAUGAAAAGGCCAUUGUGUCCUUCUAACACAUCCUCAUAUACUUCUUAAUCUGGGGAAUGUCUCCUUAUUAAUCCCAUUUUAACUCCAAUUUUUGUUACCUUGUUCGUGAGUUGUAAAUUUCUCCCAGAAUAAAGACAUUACCCAAAGCAAAAUGAAAAGCAGCCAAAGGAUGAAAAUCAAAUACUUCCAUCUCUGACUACACUAGGUGAUUCUAAGUACACAGUCCCCGAGGCUCCAAUAUUCUCUUGCUCAACUUGGCAUUUUUAAGAUUGUACUUGAUAAAAAUGCCAAACACACUAGACCACUGUUUGAAUUUCAGGGACACUGUGUGACUGAAAUAUCUGGAGUAACUAACUGUAAAUGGCUAUUUUGAUGUAAUAAAACAUAAGCAUUGGAAAUGUAAA